AAAGUAAAACAAAAAACAAAACAAAAAGUUGUCGUUGUGAUUAAAAUUAAAAUUUGAAAAUGUGUCUUUCCUAAAAAGGAACUUAAAUUUUCACUAAAUCUUUGGCAAAUAUUUUAUCCAAUCAGUGUGCUAGGGUGUAGCUUAUUUCAGCGCAUGUGCAAUGAAUCAUUGAGUGGGGGAAACUUUGUAAUUUGGAAUUGUCGUUGAUUUUGAGUAAACACGAUACAGACAAAAUUGUAUUUAUCUGUUCAUUAGUCAGUCACGAACUGAAAAGUGGUACGUGUCACGUUACUCCAAAACGGAUUUCAUCAAAUUUGUGGGUUUUGUUAAAAAACAAAAUGUCACCUUAGUUUUUGUUUUAAAAAAAUUUCUCAUUUUUUGUGAAAAACUUUUUUUCAAACUUUUCGAGUAUUUUUUUUUUUUUUUUAAAUAAAAAUCUUGAGAAACUUGAUGUGUGUUUGUUAAAAUACAUUGAAUGUGAUUUAAAAUCUGUGUCCAUCAUUUAAGGAUAAUAGAAACUGUUGAUAAUUUGGAAAUUGUGUCGGAACGUUCAUUGAAAAGUAUUACGUAAAGAUGUUUGUGUAUUUCGAGAAAGAAGAACUUGUUAAUACACCGUCCCUUAGAGAUGGAAUUAAUGGCGAGACUGAAACGCAAUACAGAAAGGAGGGAAUUAAUUUUAUUCGGAAUAUGGGUGAAAAACUUAGUCUUGGAUAUAAUACGAUCGCAACAGCUGUUGUUUAUUUUCAAAGAUUUUAUAUGGCCCACUCUUUUACGGAGUUCCCUUUAUAUAUUACUGCAUGCAGUUCUUUGUUUCUUGCUGGAAAAGCAGAAGAAACUCCAAAACGUAGUAAGGAUCUUUUAAAGGCAGCAUGGGAUAUAUUUUCAAAUGAGGCGAAUGUCAUUAUUGAAAAGUUUGGCGAAACUCCGAGAGAAAGUGUCAUGAAGUGCGAGAGUGUUUUGCUGCAAACUGUCAAUUUUGAAUUUGAUAUUGAGCAUCCUUACAAAUAUCUUGUAAAAUAUGCCAAAUAUCUGAAAGGAGAAAAAACGAAAAUUCAAACUAUUGUUCAAAUGGCCUGGAAUUUCGUUAACGACAGUUUAAGUACAACUUUGUGCCUUGAAUGGGAGCCUGAAGUAAUAGCUAUCGCGUUGAUUAACGUGUCAGCGAAGUUAAAUAAAUUUAAAAUUGACGAUUGGAAAGGAAGAAAACCGAAUCACACAAAAUGGUGUGAUUUAUUCAUUCUGAAUUUAGACAACACUGUUUUGGAGGACAUCGGCCUUCAAAUACUGGAUUUGUAUUCACCCAAAAAGAAAGACGGCCGUGAGUCUGAAAAGUCGCCAUUAUCAAUUGCAUCGUCUGGUACUCCGAGCUCUUCAACAUCAUCUCCUAAUGAAUCUCUCUCCAUGCCUGUAGAGGAUACAAAUCAAAUUGCAGCUACUUCGAAUAAUGUUGUUCUUCUUCCGGGUCUACCACCAGUGGAUUUGUCUGUGCCACCACCAGUAAUGUUUUCAACACCUCCGCCACAAAUGAAUGUCUUUGUACCACCACCAGUACAUUUACCAGUACCAUCACCAGUUAAUUCAAUGUUACCGCCAGUGCCUGUAAAUUUAUCUGUACCGCCUCCAAAUUUUUUUCCUAAACAGUGCAAUUUUAAUGUUUCUUCUCCAUUACCAGUUACACCCGUUCAAGCCUUUAAACAAAAAAUAAACUAUUCCUGUUUUUCUACACCUGACUCACCCUUUAAUAAUCAAUUGUCAUAUUCAACAAAAACGUGAUUUCUUUUUAGACUAGAAUGUAUGUUUUUUUUACAUUUUUUUUCGUUAUUUAUUUUUAGUGUAAAUAAAAUUGUACAUAAUUUGUUUUACAA